AUGUCCGAUAGACCCACGCACCGAGGCGGAAGAGGAGCAGCAGGCGGAGGAAGCGGUCCCCGCGGCGGACGAGGUGGCGGCCGCGGUGGCCGUGACGCCGGUCGCGACGCCGGCGACAAGGGCGAGAAGCCCAAGAAGGAGAAUAUCCUCGACCUGGCAAAAUACAUGGACAAGGAGAUCAUGGUUAAAUUCAAUGGCGGACGAGAGGUCACGGGCACCCUGAAGGGCUACGAUGCCCUCAUGAACCUGGUCUUGGACGAGGUGAAGGAAACGGUUCGAGACGAAGAAGGACACGAGUCCACACGACCUCUGGGCCUCGUUGUUGCUCGCGGUACGCUGCUCGUGGUCAUAACUCCCGUCGAUGGGAGCGAAGAAAUCGCCAAUCCCUUUGCAGCGGCGGAGGACCCUGAGCUCACCAUGCCGUCCCAGGGCUUCGGACACAAUCCGCUGAUAGGGCGCUCACGACAGCUCAAAGCUGUCGUUUUACCGGGACCGAAGACAGGUCACAUCAUGCGCGUCGCCAUGAUGGAUCAUCACUGGAACGUCGCUGCCACUGCCACGUCAUGA